AUGGCGUCAGAUAUCACGAGUCAACUAGAACAUGCAGCAGCAUUGAUUGCAUCUCAAAAACAAGAUGAGGAGCUCAUUCCGGACGGUCAGUUCUGCCGUAAUAAAGACUUUCUAAACGACGUGGAUCCCGAAACAUGCAAGUAUAUCUAUGCUGUCAUGCUUUCGGAUCGCUCCGAGAGAGCAAAGCAAUUCUCCAUGGCAAGUGAAGAAGUCUUAAUGACGAGAGGUGUCGGCAACAAUACGUCUGGCCUGAAGGAUGCCGCUCUCUUGGGCGCUCUGGCUGUUUUCAACGUUCUUAAAAGCGAGCCUAUGAGAGGGGUCGUUGUCAGCAUGUUUGGGAGAGUUCUGCGGAGACAAUGGGAGGUUGCAACGCCGGAUGAUGAGCCAGAGGCUCUGGAUCGGGCCGUGGAAUAUCUCAGAAAGGCUGUUGACUUUGGGCCGCGGGAUCAUUCCAACCGAGCAUUGCAUCUGGACGACCUCGGCGAUAUUCUGACACAAAGGUAUAAGGUUACCCACGGAGAGGUCGAUUUUGACGAUGCGAAUGCGGCUUUCCACGAAGCUUUGGCGACGCCUUUCCCAGGGAAACCGAUCUUCUAUCUUGGCUUGGCAAAGCUGCAGCAGGAAAGAGCCUUGUUUCAGGAAGAAGACAAGGAAAGAUUACUUCGUGAGAGUAUGGCCACUCUCCAGCUUGCCGAAGACUCAGUCCCAAGUCAGUUCGACUCGACGCCUUUCAGAUACACCAUUGCAGAUAUCCAUCGUGCUCGCGCAGCGUGUUUCGUUCACUUAUACGACCUGAACCAGGAUAUCGAGAACCUCAGGAAGGCAAAGGCGUCUCUCAACAGAGGACUCGCAGUCUCGGAAGAAAAGCGUCCGAAAGAUCGAUUCAACUGUCUCAUCAACUUGGCAUCGUUACAGCAGAAGCUCAAUGAGGAAGAGAACACACGAGAUCCUUCUGCUGAGAUUGGUUAUUUGAGACAAGCCCUCCGGGUCCAUCCAAACUCCACAGAGGCACUGGAGGAGUUGGCGAAUGCACUGGGUGAAAGGGCUGAACAGAAUAACCACCGGGAAACGCAAGUCGAAGCAGACAAGCUUAUCGAGCGGAUGAAUGAGCUACAGAUCAUUGAUCCAUCUCCAAAAACACCGGCACGACUGAUCAGAGACGCAGGUGCUCAUGAAGAACAAUUCAGCAAAACCGGGCUUUUCUCGGAAAUUGACCGGGCUGUUAAAUGCCUCCAAGAUGCCCUCGACCACCCAGACUUACAAGGCCAUCAGCAGAUCAACUGCUAUCAACAACUCGCCAUAGCACUUCUCCUCAGAUUCGAAGCCAAUGGGAAUAAAGAUGAUCUCCGUAACGCAUGUCAGGCAAAUCUCGAUGUCUUGCCUUUUCUCAACGACCUCGAUGACCCUAUGAAAGCUCGAUGUUUGAGAGCUUCAGGGAGGGCGGCUUUUGUGUCGGCUCAGAUUCCAGGACAAGAGCAGUUCAUCGAUGGUGCUUUAACGGCACUGAUUGCAGCGAAGGGACUGACAUCUCGGACGAAUGCCUUUUAUCUUACUGUCGCGAAUGAUAUCGGCAACGCUUACGUUGUCAAAUGUCAAUGCACCGGCGACUUCAAGUAUCUUUCUCAGGCAGCUGAAGCAUAUCAGGACGGUCUCGAUGCCUCGAAGGAGCAGGGGUCUACAAGUGGCGCUAUGGAUAUCAUGUUGACUCAUGGUUUGGGGAACACGGCUAUGUAUCAGUUCAAAUUCUCUGGAAGGCUGGAAGACAUCAACAUAGCGAUCAAGGCCUUUGAAAGUUGUCUGGACUCAACUGGGCCUACCGAAGUUCGGGCCGGCUCCCGGACGAGAAGUCUCAGCCAUGCUCUUCAGCUCAGGUACGACGAUACCAACGAUGUUAGAGAUGUCAUCAGAGCUGGCCAGAUCGUGGAAAAGGUCCUGGGAACGAAUUUGAAUCUUCCCCCGGUCGAAAUCUCGGCAUUGCAUAAUAUGCUCGGAACAGCGUAUCUUCGUCAAUAUCACCGAGAGGAAGAUCUGAGCCUUCUUGCUCAAGCUGAGACGAACUUCAAUAAAGCUCUCUCUUGUGGAUGCAUGGACAAGUUUUACUUAUUCUCCGCGCGGGUGAAUCUGACACGUACGUUGCAGUACAGAGCUAGAAAGACACUCAGUCUACGAGACCUUCGGGAUGCCCUCGUGAAUUUCCAAGAGUGUAUCUCGCUGGGCGGCAUGGACGACAUUAACCGUGGAGGCCUUCUCAUCAAUCAAGCAGAACUACUCAUCGCAAUCUGGAACGUCAGUCCCGCCCCGUUGAGUACCGUCGCUGCUGAUGCAUACCUAAUAAUGAUGGCUCAAUUCUCAUCGGCGCCCGGCAUCGCUCGUCAUGCGCUCGCGUGGACGAAGGUCUAUGCCUCCAUGUUUGCGCAUAUUGUAGCAAAAGACUCGACAGCUGCAAGGAACUACAUACGAGAGGCAGCUGAGGAUCUCCCCUUUGCGGUAUAUGCUUGUACCACUCGGGCUGAUCAGUUACGUCAAGCCAAGAAAUUCCAAGCCGUACCGACACUUGCUCUCUGCUUUUCGCUUGCCGCUGGAGAUUCAGUGGUUGAAUCGCUACAGCUGUAUGAGAGAAGCCGAUGUGUCUUGUGGGAAGAGAUUCUCAACAAGGGCGUAGAUUCUGGGCUAGAUCAGUUGAAGGAGCAGUUUCCAGAUCUGGCAACUCGUUUCACUGAAGCGAGGUUGUCUGAGAAGGCCAAGGGCCAGCGCGCGGCUCGAUUCGACCUUGAUAAGAAGUUUCUCCAGAGUCAGACGGCUUUCAAUAAGUCAACUUCGUUUCAGGAGCUGAUAGCCGAGAUCCGAGCAAAAGAAGGGUUCCAAGAUUUUCUUAGGCUUCCACGCGAGGACUCGCACUUCUAUGAACUUGCGGAGUCUGGUCCCAUCGUCAUAGUCGAAACGGAACCUCUGAGUGGUGGCUACGCUCUCAUCAUAACCACCACUGACAUCCGGAAGAUGUUACUUCCCAGAUUCACUGUCGAUGAUAUCAGGGAGCAUAAAAAACUCUUUCGUGAGGCCAUUAAUAUGUCGAGUGACGGAGAUGAUCAGGGCGGGGAUCUUCUCCAUUAUCUACUCACAUGGCUCUGGGACGUUGUAGCAGAACCCAUUCUACUCAGUCUGGGGUAUGAUGGAGUUCCCAAAGAUGGAAAUUUGCCGAGGGUAUGGUGGUUGACGACGAGUAGCAUUAAUGCUUGGCCCAUUCAUACGGCUGGAGAUCAUCGACGGGCAGUAGAGACGGGAGAGCGCUGCACGGUGCUCGAUCGAUGCGUUCCAUCGUAUACAAAUACCCUUCGAGGUUUGUCAUUCGUGAGGCAUCGUGAGAAAGAGAUCAUGCAACAUGGUGGACAUCAGAAAGCGAUGCUGGUCAAGAUGGAGACAACAGAUCACCUUGCGCCGCUUCAAUAUGCCUCAAGCGAGAUCGAAGCUAUCGACACCAUUCUUACUCGCGGAGGAUACGAGGCCGUAGUUCAUGACCGUCCAGUCCGAAAGGAGGCACUCGUGGGUCUAUUGAACUCGCAGGUCGCACAUUUCGCCUGCCACGGGGAAGUCGACAACUUAAACCCAGCACGUAGCGGUCUUCUCCUACGGGACUGGUACACCCAAGAUGCAAAUGGCGAGAUCACAAGAGGAAACGUGCUCGACGUUCAAAGCAUGAUGUCAGCGCCAAAGAAGCUAAACUGCUCUCUCAUCUAUGUAUCCGCCUGUGAAACAGCCAUCACGGGUGAUCCAAUGCUUCCAGAGGAAUCGAUCCAUCUUGCCGCUGGUUUCCAAAUGGCGGGUGUACCCUGUGUAGUGGCUAGUCUGUGGAAGGCAGAAGAUGAGACAUGUGGUCUUGUCUCCAAGGUUUUUUAUGCGGAUUUACUGAAAGGAGGGACGGGUGUCACGGGGGAUCGAUCUGCGAGGGCGUUGAGACAAGCUGUUUUGGAACAGCGGCAAGCUGGUGUUGAUCCGAGAUUUUGGGCGACUUGGGUUAAUUACGGUCCUUGA